AUGCCUGGCCCCGAUGUCCUCACCAUUCCCCCGGCCAAGCUCAUCAGCAGCACCUCCCAUGUCCUUCCCGGCCAGCUGAGCGUCACCGAGUUGUUCUUCCAGGUGCCCCUCGACUACACAGACCUUGAGGGACCCUCCAUCACGCUCUUUGCCCGCCGCGUUCGCAAGCACGAGGCUCCCAUCUUCCCACCCGAGGAUGACGAGGACGACACCACUGCUGGUGAUGCGCCAAAGCCUUACAUGGUCUAUCUCGAGGGGGGACCUGGCUUUGGCAACCGAGAACCUCAGGACCAUCCUCUCACCCGCCCCGCCCUCGCAAAGGGGUAUCAGGUCCUCUUGCUUGACCACCGUGGCGUCGGGUUGAGCACCCCGGUGAGUGCCGAGAUGCUCAAACUCGUGCCUGGCGGCCUCGAGGGCCGGGCGCGGUAUCUCGGCCUCAUGCGUCAGGACAACACGGUUCGUGAUUGUGAGGCCGUCCGUAAGUGUCUGACCGCCUCAUGGUCGGCGCCGAAGCAGCCCUGGUCCAUCUUUGGACAGUCGUACGGAGGCUUCGUCGCACUGUCUUACCUCUCCAUGCAUCCGGAGGGCCUUAGGGAGGUCUUCCUCACUGGUGGUCUUGCUCCUGUUGGCAAGAGCCCUGAUCAGGUCUAUGAGGCGACGUUCCGACGAGUGGUGGAGCGUAAUGAGCAGUAUUAUGCUAAAUUCCCCGAGGACGUCGAAGCCGUUCGUCAGAUCGCCAAAUACAUCGAGAGUAAAGAUGGAGGCGUUCCUCUACCCUCUGGUGGCUCACUCACUGUUCCUCGCCUCUUGACAAUGGGUCUUGCCUUUGGCGGCCAUGGGGGUUUUGACAACGUCCAUUCGGCUAUUUUGCACCUCAAGUCCUCUCUUGAUCAGUUCGGAUUCUUUACAAGGGCAUCCCUGGUGCCACUAGAGGGCUGGAAUCCCUUCGACACCAACAUCAUCUACGCCAUCAUCCACGAGGCCAUCUAUUGCGACGGUCCCGGCUCGGCUUCUCGCUGGUCGGCUCACCGUGUCGGCAAGACCCUUGAAUCGUUCCCCUGGCUUGACCCAGACUUCUCUUCUGCCUCGACAACCGGCCCGCUGUACUUUUCGGGCGAGAUGAUCUUCCCAUUCUUCUUUGAGACAUACCCGGAGCUGCAAGCCCUGCGCGAGGAGGCUGAGCUGUUGGCGAACCGUGACGACUGGCCUGCGCUAUACGACCAGGAGAAACUCCGCCAGAACAAGGUCCCCGUCUAUGCCGCAUCCUAUGUCGAGGAUAUGUACGUCGACUACGAUUUCGCUCGAGACGUGGCCAAGCUGGUCAAGGCCAAGACGUUCGAGACAAACGUCAUGUACCACUCUGCCCUGAGAGCCAAGGCAGAGGAGGUCCUGCAACAACUGUUUAGCCUGAGGGACGACGUCCUCGACUAG